AUGCCUCGACAACGCACUGAAAGCAAGCGAAAGCGACCGGACCAAGCGACUAGCAUCGACCCUGCUGGUGCAACGACCAAGCGCAAGAAAACUGGCGCCGAGUAUUUGCGGAAAGGCCAAUGGACGCCCACGGAAGAGCGACUCGCGCGACUUCUAAUCGAAGCGUUCGAAGAAGGGCGGUUGCCCAUCUACACGGGCAUUCGACUGCGCGGGUACUUGGCCGUGCAGCUCCAGUGCGACCCCAUGCGCGUGAGCAAGAAGCUUUGUGCGGGCACAAUUGACCACAAACACGUGCCGAAGAAUUACGGACAAAAGAAAUUUAAACUACGAAAGAAAGGGCAGUGGGAAUCCGACGAACUGGCGGCGCGGAUGGCUGAGAUCAAGCGCCUGACAAAGACGUUGUGGGUGGAAGCGCAGGUGCGGAAACCGGCUUUUCUGACGCUGUCGAGCACGCGCAAUGUGAACAAGCGACAGGCAGGGGACGAAGUUGACGUGGUGUCGUUGCCACCUAGCCCUACGCAGAGUUGCCCUUCGGUUCCGACUCCCAAGGCAAAGAAACGAAAGGUGCUGCCUAUCAUUUACUUUAAUCUGUCGAAGCUCCAGCGCUGCGCAAGCCGAGAGGGCGACGACAGAAGUAGUAGCAGUAGCGGCAGUGAGCUGGCGUCACCGAGUCGAACCGCAGACUCCGACCACGAGUCGGUACGACUGGACGGCGAGUCGUUGCAAGCGGCGUACGAUCUGUUGACCUUGUGCAGUCCACGGGGCUCUUCGGGGCGCUACAGCAAGUGCAACCAGGACCAGCUGAAGAUGGGGGUGACUGCCAACUCGAUGGCUGCUGUCGAAGAACACGCCUGCAAGGUCGGUGGUGGUUGUGGGAACGCCCGUGUGAAUGCAAACGCACGUGCGUUGGCGAGGACGACGUAA